AGCCUUUUCACGAUAAAUCUCGCACAUGCGCACAAACGCUUCCGGACGGCAAACUCAUUUUGUUUACAUUGGUGACCUUAUAACAACUAUGUCAAAGCGGGAGAGUUUAAAUAAGUUAAAAGUUAAUGUGCUGCGAAAACUUGCCGAAGAACACGGAAUUAAUGUUACUAAAAAGAAAAAAGAAGAAAUCAUACAGGAUUUAUUAAUAUGCCAGACGUCACCCUCUGUUCUCACACCGAUCGUGCAGCAAGAUUCAGCUGGAGCUUCCUUGAUAGUACCCUCUCAGGACAGUUUACCACCCUUCAAUGCCGUGAUUUAUGAGUCCCCAGACCAUUCUUAUAUUCCCAAAAUAUCUUUCACUGAUAUUUACAACUUUAUUAUUGAAAGACCUACACCGUGUGGUAGUACAGUGAAAAAUUUCAAGGGUCUAGACAGAUCUGUCAAGCACUUCGAGGCUGGUGAUGUGCAAGACAUUAGGGUAUCACAGAUAAACCCAUCUGUGAUCUAUGUGAAAGCAACAUGCCAGGCUUCUAUGAAAAAGCAGCAGUACCAAGUCUUCCUAUGUGUGUCAACAUCCAACACAGGCAAACCACAUAUACAGCAUGGAUAUUGCCAGUGUCCUAUAGGGUUAGCACAGGCAUGUAGCCAUAUAGGUGCACUUCUCUUUGCACUUAGCCAUGCCAAACCUGGUGAGACACAGGAAGUUGUACAUCUCAGCCUUGUAAAUGGAUCAUUCCCGGGCGCCAGGUGAAGCCGACUCGGCCCAUGAGCUCUUUGCCCAAGAAGUCCAAGCCUCUACAUACAGACACUGAAGAUGAUCCAGUUGCCUCUUUUGAUCCUCGCCACUCGGACGACAAAAAGAUGGAUCUGCAUAAUACUCUGCAGCAGUUGAAAGACUUAAGAGAUACCUUCCCACAAACAGGUAUGUCACACUUAUGGAAUAUUCCUGAUGCUGUCCCAGAUGCUAUUCAGGAGAUGGAGGUCCAGGAUUUUGAGGAUAUCAUGAUUACCAGGAUGAAAAGUCUCAUCUUCUGUGAGGGUAAUGCACCUCCAUUUGCAAUUGACCAUGAAUUGGUAGAGUUCACUGAGAAGAGUACAAGAGAUCAGAGAACAUCUGACAUGUGGCAGAAACUACACAUUGGUCGACUGACUAGUUCUUUGUUCGGUGACGUUUUGAAAGCUGGACCCAAUCCAAAUUCUUUAAUCAAGCAAAUUGUGGAGGGUUCCAGUCUUCAUAAGUAUGCUGCUCUACCACCAGCUGUUAAAUGGGGACAGGAAAAGGAAGCCCAGGCACGAUCUGACUAUGUUAAUCUGAAAUCUGCCAUUAACGACAACUUUUCCGUCGAAGAUACAGGUCUCACUUUGUGUGCAGAUCAUGCAUUUUUGGGUGCUUCCAGUGAUGGGAAGGUUUUGGAUGGUGACAACAUAGGUCUCUUGGAAAUUAAAUGCCCCUACUCCAUCCAGGGAACCCAAGUAACCAGGAAGGAAGUGGGUGAAAUUAUUGCCAUGGGAUACCCCAAUUUUUGCCUGGAGGAAAGUCUGGAUGGGCCACGUCUCAAAAAGAGCCACAAGUACUAUGCACAAGUCCAAGGGGAAUUGGCAAUUAAAGGAUAUCCCUGGUGUGACUUUGUCGUUUGGACAGAUGCUGCACAAAACAAUAUUUGUAUUGACAGGGUAUAUUUUGAUUCUGAGUUUGUGGCAUCUAUGAUGCCUAGACUUAUUGAUUUUUAUAUGCAUCACAUAGCCAAGAAGUAAUUAAAACAAACACUGUAUGAAAUGAUAUGAAUCAUAUAUUCAAAAAAUUUCAUUAUUUGUUUUCCAUGAAAUGAGCUAAAUGAAAUUUUUAAUUAACUUUAUUUAUUUAUUGACAAAAAAACCCACAUGUGGCAAGAGUCAUACAUAUUCAAAUAAAGUAUUCAAAUCUAGUCACUGUCUUAUGUUAGAUGCAUGACAUAUGAAGUUACAAAUAUUUCUUGUUGGUUUAACAUCUGUUGGAUUAAGAAUUUUAUAAGAUAUAAAUGCGCCUUAUCUAAAAAGU